AUGAGUGUCCAACCAGCAGGAUCACCCGGCAAUGACCGAACAGGAUCCGGCCAAUCAGAUGCCAGCGCGGGUCGAUGGUUGUCUGAUCGCAGCCGUUCAUUCGGGCCUUCGGUGAUCGUGGAGGUAACUCGGCUGGCGAAGAAGAGAGGAGCCAUCAACCUGGGGGAAGGAUUCCCUGACUAUGCUGCUCCCCCAGCUCUCAAGGACGCAGGGAUGGCUGCCAUUGCUGCUGACGUGAACCAAUACGACUACAACACGUCUCUAGCAGAACUCGUGGCACGCACCUUCUCUGAAGCUUCUGGCAUUCCAGUGGACCCAGACAUGGAGGUCGUGCUCAGCUCCGGCCAGACCUGCGCCUUUGCCUCGGCAUGCCUGGCAGUGUUCCAGCCUGGUGAUGACGUCAUCCUGUUCGACCCUGCCUUUGAGGCGUAUCACGGGGCCAUUCUGAUCGCUGGUGCCAACCCGGUGUACGUUCCUCUCACUCCUCCCCACUGGUCAAUCGACUUCACCUGUCUCGCAGCCGCCCUCACUCCACGCACCAAAGGCAUCAUUCUCAACAGUCCGUGCAACCCCACCGGUCGUGUGUUCUCACACGCGGAGCUCUCUCAGCUAGCGGCGUUCUGCUGCCAUCACGACCUGCUGGCGAUCACAGAUGAGGUGUACAGUGCUUUCACCUAUGACAGCAGUGGCGCUGAGCGCCACAUGUCGCUCGCUCAUUGGCCGGGCAUGAAGGAGCGCUGCAUCGUCACCUCGUCUGUGUCAAAAACGUUCCACGUCACAGGUUGGCGGGUGGGAUGGGCCAUAGCCCCACCGCGCAUCGCAGCAGCCAUCAGCACCAUCAGCGCCAAGCUCAUCGACACUCCACCGGCCCCCUUCCAGGAAGCUUCUCAUGCGGCUCUGUCCCUACCGCCGUCCUACUACACUCAAUUAAGAGAGGACUACACGCACAAGCGGGACACGGCAGUGGCAAUGCUGCUGGAAGCAGGGCUGGAGGUGCCUCUCGUGCCGGAGGGGUCCGUGUUUGUGUUCGCCCGCAUUCCCGAGAACUGGGGUGUUGAUGAUCUUCACUUCUGCAGGCCAGUCAUAGAGGAAUGCGGAGUGGCCUCUUUACGUGCCUCCUAA